AUGCUCAUCAUUGUUCUAGUUAUGGCUGAUCAGCACCUUCACACCCCCAUGUACUAUUUCCUGGGGAAUUUGGCCUGCUUGGAGAUCUGCUACACUUCCAUCAUCCUGCUCAGGCUGCUUUCCAGUCUCCUGACUGGGUACAGAACCAUGUCUGUCAUGGGCUGUAUUACACAAAUGUAUUUUUUUGGUUCUUUGGCAGCUGCAGAAUGUUACCUCCUAGCAGCAAUGUCUUAUGAUCGGUAUUUGGCAAUAUGUAAACCACUGCAUUAUCCUACCUGUAUGACAGGCAGGUUCUGCCUUCAGCUCACAGCUGGAUCUUGGAUAAGUGCAUUUCUGGCUAUUAGCAUAAUAGUGUUGUUCGUGUCACAGUUAACUUUCUGUGGCACCAAUGAAAUUGACCAUUUCUUUUGUGAGCUCACCCUGGUGGUAAAACUCUCCUGCAGUGACACCAACGUGGUGGAAUUUUUAAUGUUCCUAUUUGCCUCCAUUUUCACUCUACCUCCAUUUCUAUUAACCAUUAUCUCCUAUGUUCUUAUUAUAGCCACCAUCCUGAGAAUCUCUUCCGUCACUGGAAAGCAAAAGGCAUUUUCCACCUGCUCCUCUCACCUCAUAGUUGUUACAGUUUUCUAUGGGACACUAAUGAUUGUCUAUGUGUUACCGAAAAACAACAAACUCAGAGUUUUAAACAAAUUGUUUUCUGUUUUCUACACUAUCUUAACUCCUAUGGUCAAUCCCCUUAUAUAUAGCCUGAGAAACAAAGACACCCUCCCUAUGGAGGAGUUAGGCAGUGGAAACCUCACCAUCAUCUCUCACAUCCUCUUCCUGGGAUUUGGGGACUUCAAGGAACUGUAG